UCCUUGCUCCCACCCCCACCCCCGAGACAGAGCCGGCAAGCUUUGUGUCUCUCCGUAGUGGACACGGAAGACCCCCUGGAGGAGGGGCCGGGAGCCCUGGUGUUGGAGAGUGACUUGCUGCUAGGCCAAGAUCUGGAGUUUGAGGAGGAAGAGGAAGAGGAAGAGGAGGAGGAGGAGGAGGAGGAGGAGGAAGAAGGUGACGGCAGCAGCGACCAGCUCAUGGGCUUUGAAAGGGACUCGGAAGGAGACUCUCUAGGGGCCCGGCCAGGGCUGCCCUAUGGACUGAGUGACGACGAAUCUGGGGGCGGCCGGGCGCUGAGCGCAGAGAGUGAGGUUGAGGAACCAGCCAGGGGCCAAGGGGAGGCUGGGGGUGAGAGGCCAGGCCCAGCUUGCCAACUCUGUGGGGGGCCUGCUUGUGAAGGACCAUGCUGUGGGGCAGGAGGACCAGGUGGGGGACCACCACUUCCCCCUCGACUGCUGUACUCGUGCCGGCUUUGCGCCUUUGUGUCCCACUACUCUAGCCACUUGAAGCGGCACAUGCAAACCCACAGUGGGGAAAAACCAUUCCGCUGUGGCCGCUGCCCCUAUGCCUCUGCCCAGCUUGUCAAUCUGACACGCCACACCCGUACCCACACCGGUGAGAAGCCGUACCGCUGUCCCCAUUGCCCCUUUGCCUGCAGCAGCCUGGGCAACCUGAGGCGCCAUCAGCGCACCCACACAGGCCCCCCUGGCCCUCCCUGCCCGACCUGCGGCUUCCGAUGUUGUGCCCCAAGACCCCCCAGGCCUCCCAGCCCCACGGAGCAGGAGGGGGCAGUGCCCCAUCGACCAGAAGAUGCUGUGCUCCUUCCAGAUUUGAGCCUCCAUGUGCCGCCAGGUGGUGCCAGCUUCCUGCCAGACUGCGGGCAGCUGCGGGGAGAGGGGGAGGGGCUGAGAGGUACUGGACCAGAGCCACUGCCUGAGCUGCUGUUCCCUUGGGCCUGUCGAGGCUGUGGGCAAGAGUUGGAGGAAGGGGAAGGUGAGGGAAGCCGCCUGGGUGCCGCCAUGUGUGGGCGCUGCAUGCGGGGAGAAGCCGGAGGGGGAGGCAGCGGGGGCCCCCGUGGUCCUGGAGAUAAGGGCUUUGCCUGCAGUCUCUGCCCCUUUGCUACUCACUACCCCAACCACCUAGCCCGGCACAUGAAGACACACAGUGGCGAGAAGCCAUUCCGCUGUGCCCGCUGCCCCUAUGCCUCAGCCCACCUGGACAACCUGAAGCGGCACCAGCGAGUACACACGGGGGAGAAGCCCUACAAGUGCCCCCUAUGCCCUUAUGCCUGUGGCAACCUGGCCAACCUCAAACGCCACGGUCGAAUCCACUCUGGCGACAAGCCCUUCCGCUGCAGUCUCUGCAACUACAGCUGUAACCAGAGCAUGAACCUGAAGCGCCACAUGCUCAGGCACACAGGAGAGAAGCCCUUCCGGUGUGGGACCUGCGCCUAUACCACAGGCCACUGGGACAACUACAAGCGCCAUCAGAAGGUGCACGGCCAUGGAGGGGCCGGAGGGCCUGCCUCAGAAGGGUGGGCACCCACCCACAGCACAUCCUCUGCCCUCAGUCCUCAUGGCCCUACAUCUCUGAGCACCACCAGUGGCAGGGGGCUCCACACAGACUCACCCUGAACCAGGUUCCCUCCCCAACACUGGACUCCACACGGACCAGUUCUACACAGACUGAGGCUGAGGCCUGCCCCCACUUUUUUUCUUCUCCUCCCUUCCCCCCCGCUGGCCAGGGGCUCCAUACAGA